AUGCUUGCUUCUAGAUUGAGCGCUGUCAUCGGGAAUAUCAUUUCAAUUAAGCAAACUGAGUUUAUUCCGGGUAGAAAUAUUUUGGAUGGGGUCUUGAUGGUUAAUAAAGUUUUAGAUUUAGCGAAAAGAGAGAAGAAAAUUUGCUUAGUUAUGAAGGUUAAUUACAAAAAACCUUAUGACAACAUGAGUUUGAAGUAUCUAAGGUUUCUUCUUAUCAAGAUGGGGUUUGGAAAAAAUUGGCGUAGUUGGAUGGAGGCUUGUGUCUUUAAAAGUUCAAUGUCAGUUAUGGUUAACGGUAGCGCUACUGAUGACUUUAAGGUGGAACGUGGGCUUCGUCAAGGAGAUCCGUUAUUUCCUUUUCUCUUUGUUAUAGCUAUGGAAGGUUUAACUGGGUUGGUGGACACAACUAUGGAGCAAAAGGAAUUCAAAGGCUUUAAGAUUAAUGAUAAGGAAUAUGUUGAUAUCCUCCAAUUCGUAGCCGAUACCAUAAUUCUUUGUGAUAGAGGAAGCGGCCAUUUGUGA